AUGACAACACCGCUUCGUCCGAUUACCUCAGAGACUCCUGAUCAACACAAUAAACACAUAGUCAAACCUCCUGCAUUCACUUCGAAAGAUAUCAAAGAAUACACCAAAACAAGAUUUACUUCGUUAUGGGUGGGUAGAAAAGAGUUGAGCAAAUACCCAUGGUAUGAAAUUUGCAACCCAUUCCACCCUUUAAUUGCAUUGAACGCUCAUCAAUGGAAUUUCUUCUUUUUAGGGUUCUGGGGAUGGACAUGGGAUGCAUUUGAUUUCUUUAUCACGAGUUUGAAUGUGACAAAUAUUGCCAAUGAUUUACAAGUUUCUACAAAAGAUGUGACAUGGGGGAUUACCUUAGUAUUGAUGUUUAGAACUGUGGGUGCAGCCAUAUUUGGAGCAAUUGGUGAUAAUUUUGGUAUGAAAUGGCCCUAUAUUCUCAACAUGGUGUUGCUUAUGCUGAUCCAAAUAGGGACUGGGUUUGUAACCACAUAUUCUCAAUUUCUUGGAGUAAGAGCAUUGUUUGGUAUUGCUAUGGGAGGUAUUUAUGGAAAUUGUUCAGCAGAAGCUUUGGGGGAUGCACCUAGAAAAGCAAGAGGGAUUCUUUCAGGAAUUUUCCAAUCUGGAUGGCCCUCAGGGUAUUUGUUGGCUGUUGUUUUCCAAAGAGCGUUUGAAAUGACUGAGAAAACAUGGCAGAAUAUGUUUUUCUUCUCAGCAGGAGUACCAGUGAUUUUCAUUACAUGGAGGUUCUUUAAUCCUGAAACAUUUGUUUAUCAACGUCAAAGAGCAAGAUUUAGGGAAGGCGCCAUUCAAAAGGAAUCCAAAAUUGCAGAAUUUAGACAUCAAGCACUGAAAGCUUUAAGAACUUAUUGGAUGAUUAUUAUAUAUAUGGUAUUGUUGAUGUCAGGGUUCAACUUUUCAUCUCAUGGAUCCCAAGAUUUGUAUCCCACAAUGUUGACUAGCGAGUACCAUUAUGGUCCUAACAGAGCAACAGUGGUUAAUGUUUGUGCCAAUUUGGGUGGAAUAUUUGGUGGUAUAAUCAUUUCUCAUCUUUCAACAUAUUUUGGACGACGUACACUUAUGAUUUGUGCUAAUACCUUUGGUGGUGCAUUCCUCUACUUGUGGGCAUUUAAACCCACAUGGAUUACUGCUUUCCUUAUGCAAUUUGGUACUCAAGGUGCUUGGUCAGUGGUACCUAUUCAUUUGAAUGAAUUGGCACCUCCUCAAUUUAGAUCAUUCGUUGUGGGAGUUUCAUACCAAUUGGGUAAUUUAAUUAGUUCAGCUAGUGCCACUAUUGAAGCUACAAUGAAUGAAACGUUGCAUGAUUUGGGUAAGACAAUGGCUAUAUUUGAGGGGGCUGUAUUGUGUUAUUUGAUUCCUAUUUUAUUUAUUGGCCCUGAACAUAAGGGUGCAGAAUUAGGAGUUGAAAGGGAUGAUAGGAUGAGUGUUCAUGGUGGCGAUGAUGAUGAUGAUGACGUGGAAGAUAACAGUUAUGGAGAACACGAUAAGAAGGAUUCAGAAUUCGAGAAAGUACCAGAGGUUGUUGAAGUUGCAAAAGACGGAGGAAAAGUAUGA